UGGGAGUGAGAAGUCACCCAGCCUCCGCGAGCCCCGGAACCGGAAACCAGGCCAGCGCCCCUCGACAGGACACAUCCAACAUGGCGGCAACCCAGCCGCCAGCGCGGCUCCAGACAUGCCACAUACAGCAUGGCGAAGGGGGCGUGGCUUCGCUCCCCGCCUGAGCGGCGCGGGGGCGGAGCUUCCUGCGCGAGGGCGGGCGGGCGCGCGCGGCAGGUUUGGACGCGGAGGCGGCGAUGGCCUGUUCGAACCCUUGGGACUCGGCUCAGCCCACAGCCGCGGGGCUGGUGCUCGCCAAGUGCCUGGCAGCGGCUGUGGUGACCCAGGAGAUGUUGGAUUUAUCUGCUAAACAAGCCCCAUGCUUUGUGCACCUCACUGAGGUGGAGAAAAUUGCAGAUAUCCGAGCUGAAAUAAACCAGAAGAGCCUGGAAACUGAAAUCCUGGGACUGGAAAAGGAAACUGCAGAUAUUGCUCACCCAUACUUCCUGACUCAGAAAUGCCAAGCUCUGCAAGUUAUGAAUAAACACUUGGAAGCAGUGCUGAAAGAGAAGAGAACUCUCCGGCAGAGGUUAAUGAAGCCCUUGUGUCAAGAGAACUUGCCUAUUGAAGCCAUAUUCCACAGGUAUGUAGCAGAGUUAUUGACAUUGGCAGUGGCCUUCAUUGAGAACCUGGAAAGCCACUUGCAGACGAUAAGGAGCAUCCCUCAGAUACCCCUGACCAUGAAAAACAUGGACAAUGCUCUGGCAAAAAUUAACUUGCUUGUGACAGAGACCGAAGAACUGGCAGAGCAGAUACUGACGUGGAGAGAGAUGCAAAAAGGAAUCCAUUACGACAGCUCCCAGAUCACUAACGAAUCAGAUCCUAGCUUCAGAAGCUUAGUUCCACCAUAAAACAUCUUAUUUGUGCAGAAGAAGAGAUGACUAGUUGAAAGCUCUGUUUACCAGUCCUGUGUGAUAGCGGCAGUAUAUUUGUACCUUAGUCUAACUAGAGACUUUAUGUUUGGAUAUCUCCCUGUUCUAGAAGGGAUAUUUUAGUUGGUCACAAGUGAUUAUUAAAAUUGGACAAUGAUCUGUAAAUGACAGAACUUAUUGUUUAGGUGUGAUUCUCUUUGGAGUUUCCUGAUGUGUUCACACAUACCUCCUUGAAGCAAGCCAAUGGAGAACUUUUUUCAGAGUAGCAGCCGUGUUAGUCUGUAUUCGCAAAAAGAAAAGGAGUACUUGUGGCACCUUAGCGACUAACAAAUUUAACAAAUUUGUUAGUCUCUAAGGUGCCACAAGUACUCCUUUUCUUUUUGCCAAUGGAGAACUGUCAUACAUACAUUUAAAGGUAGAAUGCAAAAGGUCUGUUUCAGUAUGGCUAAAGUACAUGAUGUAAUGACUAAGCUUGUUUCUGCAAGCAUUUUGAGAUCAUAUGCUAUAUUUUCUUUGUAAGUAUAAGAAUUUUAAAAAAUGUAUAGUAGACUAUAAAAUGGGAGACUUAAA